AUGCCGCCGAAGACGACGGCGACGGGGAAGAAACCGGCGGGGAAGGGGACGAAGAAACCGGCGGGGGUGAAGAAGCCGGCGGCGAAGAAGAAGAAAGCGGCGACGAAGAAGAAGAAGGCGGCGACGAAGAAGAAGGCGACGGCGAAGGCGGAGGCGCCGAAGAACGAUUACGAAUUGCACGGACAGAAGCGGGACGCGCCGGACGAGACGGAUCCGUUGAGGAAGUUUUACGCGUCGUUGAGGCGACAGAAUCCGAAGAGCGUGAUGGCGGAGGUGUGGUUGAUGGAGCACGGGUUGCUCGAGGACGCCGAGGCGCAGGCGGACGCGUACAAGCGGUUUUUGAAGAGUAAGGGGAGAGCGGUGCCGAAGCUUGCGGUGAAAAAGACGACCACGGUGAAGAAGGAACCGAAAUCGGAGGUGAAGACGGAAGCGGUGAGUGAAGAACAGGUGAAACCGACGGUGGCGUUGGACGACGAGGACUCGGACUCGGACGUGCCGCUCGCGCGACGCGCUUCGCUGAAAUAA